CUCCCGGCAAACAUUUUCCAAAUCUGCCGAUUCAGACCGACUCUACCGAGAGAAUGGAUUCAAGUAAGGCCUUCCUUGAUUUCAUAUUUUCAGACAGUCCGAAGGACUUUAAAGCUGCGUACGCAUCAUUGUACUCCAAACCCUAUCAGAUCUUUGACAUCCUCUUGAGGGAAGAGCGCUUCACAAAUUUCUUCUCAAGAACGGGGGUUUAUGGAAAGAAUCUCGCCAACCUGUUAAGUCAAUUUCCUACCUCCCAGAAAGAUGAUUACCGUCAAUCGUUGUUGCGAGAAAAUAUUAAAGCCUUUACCCUCUCGUUGCUGGCUGAAAGGUUCGACGACCUGGAAUCUAGGGGUGCAGCUGCAAGAAUUGUCAUCUCUGUGGUGAAAUUAUCAGAUCCAGGCACUUUGAGGCAGUUUGGUACGAGAUUAGGGGGUCUCCCGGAGAUAUUGGGGGUUAUAAUUGCGGAAGGGCACAUAAAAAGUCUAGAUAAAACUCACAAACAUCGCAUUGAAGAUCUCGUCUCUGAGCCCCAAGCACGGAAACAGUGGGCUAAAGUUAUUUCAGAACUCUGCAGCGGAUGUGAGGUUCACGGUUUGGGGCAUAGGGUAGCUAGUAGCGUGGAGUUGGCAAGCUUUAUUCGCACUAUUCCUUGUGGCUCCUGCCCUUCUAGUUCCGGGCUCGGUCGAGAUACUGAGGGGGAACCUACCCGACGCCGGGACCACUCUUUCGGAUCAAACAUGCGGGCGAAUGUAUUUAGGUCGCUCUUGGGUGACCCUCUGGGGCCAUGGAAGAUAAUUCUUUCCCAACAGGCCAUGGAGAAUCUGGGCGAAGCUAAAACUCAGGGUACUGUACCCGUCCCAGUCUAGCCGGAGGUUUUUGAAAAUUGCUAAUGUUGAUUAGGUAACUUCGAGAAAAUCCGACGCAAGUUCUCCGAGCUUGCCUCCGGAGACUGGGCUGGAAAGAAGAUACUGCAUCGGGCAAAGUGGAACAACUCACUGAGCUAUCGAAUUCCCUUAUUCAAAGCUUUCUACACUACCGGGGCUUUUAUAUUAUGGCAGAUCGAUACUGCUUUCGACGAAAGGUUUGGCGAAGAUUACCAAGUUAUAAAAGGUUUGAUUUCCUGCAGAAUUAGCCUCAUAGGUAGGGGACUAACGAUGGGUCUCUGGCAUUUAGUAUGGGCAGUUGGAAAUCCCCACAAUGUAUGCAUUAAGUCCCGGAUUGAUGGUAGACACGGCGACGCUAAGAUCAAGCAGCUCGGUCCGAUUGGCGUACAGAUUCAUAGAGCACAACAGGUCUAUACGAAAACUCGGGUAGAAGCUUGCGGUAGAGACGAUUUAGAUGGGUCACGGGAGGUCCGGUAUCCAGUGAGGGUGGGCUUAGACGGUGAGGAAAGCGGUGGCAUGGAUGUUGAUGUCGCUGUUGUGGAUUCCGAUGAUCUACCUCAACUAGGUAAAGUCUAAAUAACCCCGCUCCAAUUUUCCUUUGCACGGGGAUUCUAAUUCCGCGGUUAAUAGCAAAGUUCUAUAGUCUCACUACAACUGUGCUGGAUAAUAUUGCUUCUACGACCGGAAAGGCAGCAUACCCAGUAGACAUAUCACGGGAGGAGGCCAGUGUGGUGGAUCACGGCCUAUCCCCAGCAUUCAUCCUUGGGAGAAGCGGGACUGGAAAAACUACUUGUUUGGUUUAUAAGCUAGCAGGGAGAUAUUUACUGUAUAGUGCGGAGAGCGAAGCACGGUUGAGACAAGUACGUGACUGCAGGGUGACGGAGAUGGGAUUAUUCUCUGAGGGUGUAAUGUUGACUAAGCUACCAAUUAUAGGUCUUACUCACGAGGUCAAAGAGAUUGGCGGGAAAGUUAAGAGUUAAUGCCGGCGGAUUGAUCGAGGCGAAAUUAGGCGAAAGGCCAAGGCUUGCCGAUGGCAAUUACGACAAAAAAGACGAUUUUGAUGACAAUACAAAAAAGCAAUUUCUAUCACUCACGGAUGAGGAUUUCCCGCUAGUAUGCACAUUUGAUUACCUGCUAAGACUUAUUGAGAAUAGUAUUAGGUUUGUUGCUCCCUGGUUUAAGCUAAUGCCAUUUAGUAGGCGUACUGAGCCCCCCCCUAGAGUACAGGAAAAAGGACGGGGAUACGUGAAGUUAGACAAUUCGAAAUCCAUCCGUGUAAUAGACUUCAAGA